AUCUUUCUUGGUGAUAUAUAUAAAAUAGUGUCCACUCCAUGCAAGCUAUAAGCAUAAAACAAAUAAUGCAUAACGUGUAUCACUUUGGUCCCCAGCUUGUUUUAUAUACAAAAUGUCAAUAAUUUAUUUACAGUCAGUUUCCAUAUCAUUGUCAAUUGCAAAUAAAACUCAUUUCUUUGAGUUCUCUAUUCCUCUCAAUAAACAUCAUUUUGCACCCUAUGAAUGGUGUUCAUAUUUUAUUCAGACCAUUAAAAACGACAAUGAAGAGAGUCCUAUGCAAGACAAAUCCUUAAAUAAACUAGUAAGCCAGAUCUGGAUUUGUUGUUCUAUUUUUAUGUCUUGUGGUCCAAUAUUUACUAAACAAAUUCACAGUUGCUGGCUCAAUGCAAUAAUUGAACUCCAUGUUAUCAUAACCACUGCAUUUUUUAUUCCCCGAGUUCGAUAUGUGGGAGUGGGGAUCAAACUUUAGAUCUCGAGUAAUCCUGACUAGUUUUGAAAAGGCUUAUAAAUCUCUGAAAAAUUGGCGACAGAAGAACAAAGAACAUGGCAGAGACUAGACCUGUAGCUCCUGAUGGACAUGACCAGAUGUUGGAAUGGCCCAAGAAAGAUAAUCGCCGCUUUCUUCGUACCGUCUACCGUGUCGGUGAUCUCGAUCGUACCAUCAAAUUCUACACAGAAUGUUUUGGAAUGGAACUCCUAAGAAAAAAUGAAGUCCAAGAAGAGAAACAUACCAAAGCAUUCAUGGGGUAUGGCCCUGAGCAAUCGUCAAUUGUUCUCGAGUUGAUUUACGAACAUGGGGUAACUUCAUAUAAUAUUGGCAAUGGAUUUGGACAUUUUGCCAUUGCUACUCAAGAUGUCUACAAAAUGGUUGAAAAUGUUAAGGACAAGGGUGGUGACAAUAUGAUCAUUAGAGAACCUUUUGAGGUGAAAGGCAGCUCCAUUUUUGUGCUGGCCUAUGUGAAAGAUCCUGAUGGUUACAUCUUUGAGCUCAUUCAAAGAGAUCCCACUCCUCAGCCACUCUGCCACGUAAUGCUUCGUGUUGGCGAUUUACAACGAUCUAUCGACUUCUAUAAGAAGGCAUUGGGAAUGAGAGUACUUAACAAGGUUCAGAGUCUAGAACACAAGUAUGCCAUAGCCAUGAUGGGUUAUGCAGAUGAGUUAGAGACAACAGCGCUGGAGUUGACUUACAAUCAUGGUGUGACAGAACAUUCCAAGGGAAUAUAUUCCCAGGUUGCUAUUGGGACUGAUGAUGUAUACAAGAGUGCUGAGGUUGUUAAUCUCAUUACCAAAGAACUUGGAGGAAAAAUAAACCAACAACCCAGUUUAGCUAGCCAAACCAACUCCAAGAUUACCAGUUUUCUUGAUCCUGAUGGCUGGCAAAUUGUCCUUGUUGACAAUGAAGAUUAUAUGAAGGAACUGCAGUGAAGAAGGGAAUUGACAGUAUAAACCUGAUGUUGAUUCUCUGUUGAAUGUAAGACAAUAAAGAGCUGAAAUAUUUUCAUCAAUAUAAUAUCCGAGACUCUUGAGUUAUAUACUUGUAGUUCCAGCUACUUUAAACCAAGAAUGAUAGUGCAUAUGUAUAAUGCAAAAGUAAAGAGCUUAAAUGAAAUAUACUUUAGGCAGUAAAAACUGGCUGGGAUGUGGAAUUUUUGUUAUAUAUUUUUUGUGUUCACUUCAAAGAAUUAAGUAAACGUAAAUGUGUA